GAUACUUUCAAGUUUGAAAAUUAUUUCGCGAUAUGCAACACACUUAUGAUGUUGUGUCUUACGACUUUUUAAAGUGUUUUGAUAUUUGAACAUUGAGACAUUACUGUUCUUGUCUUCUGGUGGGGUUUUCUGUAUAAGUGUCUCGCGAAACAUUGAGAAACGUGUAGAAAUUUAUUCAUGAAGUGGGUUCAAUGUGAAUAGGAUCGGGACUUGUGAUUGCAAAUAUACAAUAAAUGGAAUGUGGCUAGUAGUGUAGUCCAGGGUUGAUGUUCAUUUCGGGACUCCGAUCCAAUACCGUUAGCUUCAAACGCUACCGCGUUAUCCAGUUAGCUACUGAUUACAGUUAGCCACUCACUCGUACAAUGGCUACGAGUUUUAAUUCAAUUUGAAAUGAUUUUUGACUAUCCCGUUGUGAAUAUUUUUACUAAAAUUGGUUCAAUCUUGGUUGGCAUAUACGGGCCUUGUUCAGAUUGCCUCGAAAUAGCCAUUAUGACAAAUUAAUAUGGAAAGUGGACGGCAUUCAUGCGUCACAGCUAUCUGGUCAUGGAGUUUUUCAAAGCAUUGUCGAUGUAUCAUGAAAAAGUUCAGGUGCUAAUGCUGAGGUCAAAUAUAGACGAUUAGGCGAAAAUGACCAUGCGGUUGAUAUUGUUGUGAAUCUUCGUGGACUAAAGUAUACGGGACAUGUAUUACAUGUGCUUAAACACAUUCUCCGAUGCAAUGUUUUUCGGUGUCGAAGUAGGUUGGAGCAAAGCUAGGCAUAUUCUGACCAGAACAUGGGAUUAAUCUCUGAAUGUUAAUGUAGACCGUGCUCAUGUAUUGUUAUGUCCCGAUAGGCAUAAUGAAUAGUAACUUUUGUGAUCCAUUUUUGGAUCAAUAUUAUACGUACAUUUUUAUCGUGUAAUUGUUGAGUAACUAAACUAUUCAUAUUCAUGUCCCUCUUAUCAUGAGCUUUAUUUUGACCUGUGAACUAUUAUUAUACGAUUUACCAUUCUUGAAUUAUACCCUGUCUAUUAAUCACUACCUCCCACGUUCGCAGCCACGUCUGGCUAAUUCUUUUACAAACGUUGUUUCAUAUUUUAUUGGUACGAUGUGGUUUGUCUGAUUGGUGUAUAAACCCCGUAUGUUUGAAAUAUAUGAUUCAUAUUACAGAGGCUCGGAUUGGUGUUCUGGACUUAACUGACUGGGCUAAACAGGAAGCGGGACCAAUAAGGACUCUAGACUGCUCAUACGCGUUUACGCAUCAUUGAUCCGAUCAAUAAGUCACUGCUCUCUAAUUGGAGGUAUCGUUACGUUAUACAUUAACAAGGCACGCAGUCCAUAGGUUAUAACAUGGGUCCAAACCGCCUGGCGGAGGUCAACGUGAUUAUCAUGACCAGUAAUUGGAGAGUGAGUGACAUGGCUCUGAACCAGUUUCAGUUAUCCAGAAGCAUACACUCUUUAUCUUCUCUUGGAUUAUAUGUUUUAUUUUGUAAAUUCUCGAAUAAUAUUCUUUAUACUUUAUCCUCUAAUACCUCUUAUACUUCCACUUCAUCUUCAUGUCGUGACUUAGUGUCGCAAUGGACAUAUGCACCAUAACUGACUGGCUGGUUAUCUUUAUUUCCUUCAUUCAUCGAAAAUUUUCUAAGUGGGCAAAGAAUCAAUUAGUGAUAAGUACGCUUGAAAUAACAACCUACUCAUUUUAAAAGUGUCGAAUAAGACUAAUAUUUUUUCUUUUUGCAGCAACGAAGUUUUGUUGUACAAGAUGGAUGAAACUUCUGGUGUUCUUAAAAUUAAAAAUACUCUUCGUAUAUCUGGUCGGGAAUCAUCUUGUUAGUUUCCAUUUCAAUAAUCUUCCAAAACUAUGUGUAUAAAUGUUUUACGAUAUUUAUCUGGUAAACUUCCAACAAAUAGUUUAGCAUUUUUUCAAACGAUACAUCGUCAUGCAGAUUAGGAAGUUGAACUGAGCCAACUUACUUUCUCAUAAUUGUCACACAUUCACAGCAGAUUUUUUGCUUUUCAUCUUAGAUACUACCGAGGAAGUAGGUCCUGUUUCAGAGAUUUCUUGGUCACCGGAUGGAUACACUUUGGCUGUUGUUUGGUUACGUUCGGGUUGGUCGUUGUGGUCAGUUUUUGGUGCAUUAUUAUACACCAGCUUAAGUGAGCAUCUUAGUCAAUUUGGUAAAAUAAAUGUUUCAAACCUCUCCUGGGCUCAUCAUGGUUAUAAUAUAGUCGGUUUGUUAACCUUAAGCAACGUGACAGAAAUUUCCGGGGUCGCAAACACUGACUCCUUUGUUUCAGAGAAGGUCUCCACCAAAGAUACUACAAAAGUAGAGAAGUCACAAUUUAUUUCCGAUGGUCUGGGCUGUCCUUCACAAAACUCUUCAUACCUGGUUGUCUUCCAUCUGGCUAGGUCUUCAAUAACAGCUAACCCAACAUCAGAUAACCAUUUGCAUAUCGUUCUUCAAACUACUGACCGAAUAAUUGUGACGAACAAGGAUCUAUUGACCUCUAGAAUGCAAACCGAGAGUUUAUUAAUCCCAAAACAAUAUAUCAACUCUAAUUGGCCAGUUCGGUAUGUUGCUGUUUCUACAGAUGGUAAAAAAAUAGCCGUUUCAGGUCGCAAUGGAUUUAUUCAUUAUAACACUGAUUCACAACGUUGGCAUGUUUUCGGCAAUAUAAAGCAGGAAAACUCCCUACACGUCUUUGGAGGUAUGGCAUGGUGGAAACAAUAUAUUUGUCUCACCUGUUUUACAGAAAAUUAUGGUACUAGUGAGGUUCGUGUCUACUCGUCGGACCAUAAACUUGACAAUCAAUUUAGCUCCAUCUGUGAUCUUCCAUCCCUUACAUUACCCGUCAUUGUAGACAAUUUCGAAAAUCUGUUUCUUGUACUUACCAACGAUGGAUGUCUGCAAAUCUUUGGUUUAUCAGAGUCUGUUUCCAGUAAAAGCACCGUCGCCGUAUCUCCUUUCAAGGCUGUAAAUUUAACAGAUAUUGUCAUAUUUCCAGCAUGUGUUGUUCGGAUUUGCUUUACAACUUUAAAGAGUAAUGCAUCUUUUACUCGUACAACCACUUCAGGAUCUAAUUUGUUUCGUAACUUCGACCCAGGUUUAUGCUCAGUUGAAAGCUUAGUUAUGAAUUAUUCCGGUGAUGUGUUUAUGUUGCAACGUUCGUUUUUGGAUUUCACUCCGAAAAGCCAUUCUGGAACCCCUGAGGAAAUUAACCAACAGUUACUAUCAUUCGGAACACCUUUAUUAGUUGCUUCUGAAAUAGAAAUUCUAUGGUCUACAAGCUGUUUCACAACAAUCACUUCUCAGGCUGAUAAUGAUCGUUUAUCGUCAUUGAAUGUGAUUGAUGCAAAUGCUUAUACGAAAGACUCCUUGUGGCUUUAUUCCGGAGCAGCUGGACUUAGUGUUUGGCUUCCACUACCGCAAGUUCCUUCUUCGCUUGCAUUUAGUUUUAAUUAUGAAUCUGUGAGGUCAGAUACCAACCACAAAUUUAGUACGGAUCACGAUAGUUCAUCGGUCUUAAAUUAUGAUUACCGAAGAAUAAUGUUGUCAUUUGAGUUGGGUGGUGAUUUGUACCCUCUUAGUAUUUGCUUUCAGGAAGGCUUGCUAGUCGGUAUUCUUAAUGAGUUUCAUCGUUGCUGGAACAAGUCAUUGGUUCAUUGUAAGGAAAAUAUAUCUUCAGAUUUAUUCGCGCUAUUUCCUUAUGGAACUUUGUUAAUUAAGAUUCAGGUAGCACUACAUCAUAUUAUUCGACAGCUUCUUAAGAAAAAUUUGGGAAUACAUGCGUUUCAAAUGAGUUUAGCGUAUCAACAUUUACCGUACUUUCCUCGUAUUUUGGAACUGUUAUUACAUGAAGUCUUGGAGGUUGAAGCUGCCUCCAAAAUUCCAACGCCAGAUCCAUUACUACCGCAAGUUGUAGCAUUUAUUCAAGAAUUCUCCGAUUUUCUGGAGAUUUUGGCCCAUUGUUCUCGUAAAACCGAUGUCACUUGGUGGCCUCAUUUAUUCAUUACCAUCGGAAGGAAACCAAAAGAUCUAUUUGAACUGUGUUUGGAAAAUAAUAAACUGGAAACAGCUGCUUCUUUUUUAAUUCUUCUUCAAACAUCGGAACCUCUUUCUGUUAGUUGGGAGUGCGCAUUAACCUUGUUUCGAGCAUCGCUUCAAUCUAUGAAUUGGAAUCUCAUUCGUGAUCUGUUACGCUUUCUGUGUGCUAUUGAUCCAACUGAAUAUAGUUCAAGUGAUGGGCAUAGUAGAAAAAAAGACUUUAACAAAUCCCACAAUAUGUACUUCAACCCAUGUAAUCAUUUAAAAAAUUUAUCUAAUCUUGAUAAUGAUCAUAUGCAGUUAAAAGCCGGUCCUGAGAAAUCUAUCAACAAGGUCGUCUGGUAUGGUGGAAUGUCAAAGUAUCGACCUACAAGAGUUCCUAUCGAAUUACUGGACUUAGGAAAUGACCAUAUCAAAGAUUUGUGUAAUAGAAUCGAGAUAUCGUCUGACUCGUCAGUAACUCAUAUCCAAAAACCAUCUUCCACUCUUCGAAAUCAGCUUGAACAGCUCUUGUUUAGGGUUGCUGUGGAUUAUUUUUCUCAAGGUUACCUUAAACGUGCAUCCCAAUUAGUUACAAAUAUUCCCGAAAUUUUUAAUGAUGGUUUUAGUACUGGUCACACAAACGUAUUGCAAAUGUGGUUAAAUAAAAAUAUUCAUAAUAUCCAACCCGAACCUAACUGGCCCCAGGUUUUCUUAAAUUUGUUAAAAGAAUUCAAUUUAGUUGUGGUUGAUUCUAACCUCAGUGGAGGAAUAUACAAUUGCUCGACUUCUCCUAAUGAACCUUUGUUAAAUUCGUCUAUUAUGGUACAAAUUGAUAAUACAUUUUCUGAAUCUUCACCUUUUAACUUUGACUUCCGAUCGACUUUUGAUAAAGGGACUCUUUGUCAGUUAAGAUACCUGUUGAACCAGUUAACCUUAGCUCGUUCAAAAGAAUGGAUCUGCCUUAUUAAUUUGCUUUGUCUAGAUAGAGAUGCUUUCUUACGGUCAUUUAGUAUGGCUUUCAACUGGACUAUGUUUUCAGAUUACUCUGAAAUCCAUCAGAAUGUCUCUGCAACCGACCUUUGUUUAAAAAAGCUGAUAACUGGUCUUUCAGAAAUAAAACAGUGGUCACAUGGCAAGAUUCCUGCGUACUAUUACUUUUUAGAGUCUUGUGAGCCUCACAUGAAAAAUCCACUAACAAUGAUAUAAUUAAAGUUCGCAUUAUUUGGUUUCAGAGGCCCACAUCUUAAUAUGUAGGUGAUUUUAGAAAAGGUGUAUCAAAUUUCUGAUGAGAAAAAGAAGGUACCAAUGGCAUCAACAUUUUCCGGCAACACUUUGAUUGAAGAUGAUAUCGUAAAUGAAAUUCAGAAAAAGCAAAUGAUGGAAUUAAAGAGUUCAUCCGUAUCAUCUAUAACAGAUACAUACCAAUAUUCAAAAGCGUGUCAAUUAAACUUGGGACAGGACUGUCUUGUCUCACUAAAAGUAGCGAAAGUAAGUCCUAGUCUUUUGGAUCUUACCUUGUCGUCUGCAAUGGAUGAAGCAGUAGUUCUUAAAAAUAACCCUGUUAACCGUUCAGUACUUUUGGAUUCACACCACACAUCCCUUAACAAUUCUAGUUGUUCGACACCAAUUAUUCUUAGUAACGAAGCUGCCAUUACUAAACAUUGGACAUCUAGUUAUCCUGAUCGCUGGAAGUCUGUAGACGAUCCUGGCCCACUAGGGCGUCUUGUGGUUCUUAAUCUCAAUGAAACGGAUAGUAAUAACAAAAAUGAAUAUUUAUUUGAUGGAACAGCCGAAAAUUUUGCGGUUGGCUCUUUACACACUGAACAACGAACCUGUUCUGUCAUGUAGCUUUUAUGUACAACUUUCAAGAAAUCAGAAGUCAUGAAUAUGAGACAACUUUAAUGUUGAAGAAAAAAGAUGGAUGUAAAAAUGUAUUUUCUUUAUUCAUUAUAUCAAAAUUAUUUGUCUGAUAACACUGUGGUAUUUUGGCAAUCCAUUUAUCCUCAACAUUUAAGGAAAAUCUUAGUUUUCUUUUCAGUGCUUUAAAUGUAAAAGGGAUUUUUUGAAACAAGAUUCAGUUAAUCAUACAGAUUUUUAAUUUGCAAAUUAGUCUUGGUUAUUCACUUAUUAAAAAUAAUUACUUCCAUUCAAAAAUAGAUUGAAGUGUUUUUGGAUGAAGCAACUUCUGAAGUACAUUACAAAGUUAACAAGCCUACUUCAUAUAAUGAACUGUACGAAGAGAGUGCAGAAGUUAUAAGCUUUUUUAGAAAAGUAGUUUGACCAAAACUCUCGUUGGGGACAUUAGAUCCCCAGACUCACUUGGGAAAAGACCUAAUUUUGUAAUUUGAUUUAGAGAAUUUGAAUUUCUUCGUUUUCGCGCCGGAAGCGCUCUUGUCACCUUCAUGUCGUAUUCCCCGCUUGGAAAUGUCUUAAAUGCUAUUGGUCCGUUGCGUCUUUUAGUAUGCUAUUCGGUAACUCUUCCCAGGGACGGUUUUGUACUGUAUGUAUACGUUUUGAAUUAUCUUUGUUGUUAUCGCUUGUUUCUGGCUGCUUGCAGAAUAUACUUCCCCAUUCC